CUGAAAUCAAAUCAAGUAAGUUUUUGCUUCAAUUUAUUUGUUAAAUUGAAAUCAUGUAAACUUUUUGCAGUUUGGUGAACCUGGAAAUGAUGAUUUUACAGUUGAAUUAAGUAUAAAAUUCACUGAGAAUUAUCCGGAAGGGAUUCCUGAAACAACAAUUGAUGGAAUUGAUGAGAAAUUUGAGGUUACUCGGAUUUUCGAAAUUUCGAGGCAAUUGAGAAAAUGAAAGCGGUUGCUGAAGAGAAUUUGUGUAUGGCUAUGGUAUUUGCGAUAGAUAGCAAUGCAAGAAGAAAUUGAGGAAUUAUUAAAUGUGAAAAGGCGGAGGUUGCUCGAAAUCGAGCAAAAAGUAGGGAAAUGUUGUGACGCCGAAGAGUUUACGCGCUUGGAAGGAGAAAUUCGAUGCGGAGCGGAAGGCGGCAAAUGAGAGUGCGGAGAAGGAGCGAUUGGCUGCGUUGGAUGGCAGGUUGACGGGCGGGAAGACAAUUGUUCUUGAAGGGUGCCACUUUGAAUUUGUCGGAUAUGACGUUGAUUGGAGCACAGGAUGAGGUCGAAAUUGAUGAGUCACUUUUUGGUAAAGAGGUGAGUAACUUUUCUGGGAGAGUGGAGGGGAGGGGUGGCACAAGGGUAAAAGAGAACCUUUCCAAGGUAAAACCGCCAUAUUUCGAAUUUGCAAAUUCACGAAUCGCAUCCUUACAAAUUAUUCAUAAAAUUUCGCGCUGACGCGGAUAACUUGCAUGUUUUCAUAUUAACAUUCCAAAUUAUUUAGAUGCCAACUCAAUCGCCUCCAUUUUCGACUGGACCAUGCAAUAUAUUGGUAAUUUUAACUUUAUGUUGUUUUUUUUGUCAAUAA